AUGCGUCGUUACGCAGCGCAGCACACACAAAGAGGCGACACAGCCGACGGCGUGGUCUCGCAGCAGCGGAAAGGCUCCAGUGGGGGACGGCGCCCGGGAGGCGGCUGUCGAUCCAUAGCGGGGGCGGCGGGGGCGGCCGCCGCGCGCCUCUCCCCUGGCGCCACCUCUGCUGCAAAUCUUGUCGCAAAGCAGACGGAAGCUGUUCAGCGCGGACGUGGCGGCACAGAGAGGCAGGCGGAACCUCUGCGUAUCAGCGCGGCUGCUGGGCGGCCGCGCGGCUGGCUUCCGAGGCCGGGCAGACGCGACAAAGACGGACGUCCGAGGGCAGGUGAACCUGCAGCGGGCGCCGCCUUUACACUGCGUGUGAGCCUAAAACAAUCGCCGUGGCACGCCGCCGCCGCCGCCGCCGCCGCCGCCGCCGCCGCCGCCGCGGCUACCUGUGGCUCCGGCUCCGGCUGCGGCUGUGACUGGCUGCGGAGGCCGGAGGAGGCGCGGGAAUUCCAAGGCCGGCCGGCCAGCCUGCUGCUGCGUCUGGCGGGAAAAGUCUGCCCGGCAUUCGCGGAAAAAGGGCGCCGUCGUAUUCUGGGCACGCACCGCCGUCUAGGGCGCAGCCGACACGCCAGUCGCCAGUCGCCGGCCUUGGCAGACGUUCCGGAGUCGGCGGAGCACGGUCCAUCUCGCAGUGGACAGGGCCUCAGUCGCCGUGCAGAGCACUUGCCAUCUGCACAGGCUGCACGUCGCCUGCAGGACCACACCGCCUCCUCUUAUCCCCACUUGGACUCGUCGCCGACGUCGUCCUGA